GAUCACACGGAUGUUUUAAAACUGUCUUCAGGUUAGCGGCGCGGCGGUAGUAUAAUUUCAAUUUAUUUGCUGUUUUCUGUUCGAUGGACUUCCACAGUUGACAACCGUCGUCAUUCCCACGGUCGAUUGUCGCUACAAAUUUCCGGGGGCUAAUCUAGACCUCGUUAUGCAAACCAGAUCUAGCAAACAAACAUUAGAUAACAUGUAGACUGCACUGUAGACUGCAGCUGACAGAAACCCUACACCAAUGAUGUGAAACCGACUGGAUAAGCUGAACUGAGUGACUCUGUAGGCUACAUGCCCAAAUUAUCACGCAUACAUCAUCUUAACAGCUGACACACAGGAAGAAUACUGGUUCAUGGAAUGAUAGAAUGGGAACACUAGGUGGAUGACAACAGGAUAUCAGAUAAACUGUUAGGGGAAGAAUACAGACACGUUAUUUGAAAAACCACGCUCAGAAGGGUGUCCUGAUGACUUGGCGGGAAGUCUGGACGGUGGCAGUGGGAUAUGAACCACCAUUAACACAUUUCUCAUCAGUGGCUUCUGCAGUUCUGCUGUAUCUUCUGACUCUGAUCUUCUGCUUCCUCUUCCACCAACUGUCCAGAGUGUUUCUGCCGAGAUUUCUUCAGGAAUAUGUCUUGGAUUUCUUCAAGGCUCUGGCAUUCUGCACUUAUUGUUUUGGACACGGGAUCAUACGGACUGCCCACGGCCAUCUUGGGUAUCUGCUGUGUGUUGUGCCUUUAAAUACUGCCAGUAUUUUUAUUUUUAACCUCGGUGAUGGAACCCCAUUACUUGUGUGGUUGAAAUACCUGCAGAAACAAAUUCCGUUGUGGAAAUUUCUUGUGAAAGUGACGGCACAGAUUCUUGCAGGAUUAUGCUCAUGGGAACUUGGCCAUCUGAUUUUCAGAUUAGAUUUUCAUGAAUCCUUUGCAGAGAAAGUCAGCAAUCAGGCCAAUUGUUCCUCUGAUCUCAAUAUUGCCACUGUGUUUGGGUUUCUUUUGGAGUGUUUGGCUGUCGCUUAUGACUUUUGGUUGGACCAGCAGACCCUGUCUAAGUAUGUUCCAGUAGAUAUUGCACUGAAGAUCCUGAACUGUGCUGUUCUUGUUUGUAUAGGUCUGAAUAUGACUGGGAUGUACUUACAACCUGCCUUGGCAACAGGGCACACAUUCGGCUGUAGUCCCACUUCCGUCUUGUCCCACAUACUGGUGUACUGGGGAGGACCUUUCAUAGGAAUAUACAUAGGUCUGAAGAUGGGCCAGGUUUUCCAUCUUCCUUUCUUCAAGACCACCAAAUUCAGCUAUGUCAAGCAGCCAGUGAAAGUCACUCAAAAUGGUGUUCUUGCUGAUGAUGUUGUGAAACAACCUUCAAUGAAUGGACAUAACUUGAAAUUAAGACACAGAAGGAAGAAAGCAUUCUUCAGCAAUGGAAAUAAGAAAUAUGCAUUUUCAGUCAGUUUUGUUAAAGAGUCAAGUCCAGAAAUCCGUAACCUGUGUAUAUGGCAUUUCGUACGUCCCAAGAUUUUACGACGUGUUAUGGCCACUAUGAUGACUUGGCGAGAUUUAUGGGAAACAGUGAUGGGAUUCCAACCCCCGGUGUCGCAUGUUUCGCCUACGGUUUCAGCGAUUCUUAUUUAUUUAUUAGCCUUGAUCUUCUGCUUCCUCUUCUACCAACUGUCCAGAGUGUUUCUGCCGAGAUUGCUUCAGGAAUAUGUCUUAGAUUUCUUCAAGACCCUGGCAUUUUGUACUUAUUGUUUUGGACACGGGGUCAUACGGACUGCCCACGGCCAUCUUGGGUAUGUGCUGUGCGCAGUGCCUUUGAAUACAGCUAGCGUUCUGAUUUUCAAAAUCGGAGAUGGAACUCCGCUCUCUGUUUGGUCUAAGUAUCUUCAAAAACAAAUUCCAACAUGGAAAUUCUGCCUAAAAGUUUCCGCUCAGAUUUUGGCAGGGUUCUGUGGUUGGGAACUUGGCCAUCUUAUUUUAAAUCUCGAUUUCCAUCCAUCAUUCACGGAGAAAGUCAUCCAAAAGUCUAACUGUAAUUCAGAUCUUAGAAUUUCUGCUAUAGCAGGAUUCCUACUCGAGGGAACUGGAGUUGCCUAUGAUAUCUGGAUGAACCAACAGACGCUGUCAAAAUAUAGACCGCUGGACGUUUUUCUAAAGUUCAUUAACACAUCUCUCAUAGUUUGUUGUGGAGUAAAGAUGACUGGGAUGUACAUUCAUCCGGCUAUAGCGACCGGACGAACAAUUGGAUGCGGAGAAACCCCAAUUCUAUCUCAUUUGCUAGUUUACUGGGGAGGACCAUUUGUAGGAAUAUUCAUAGGAUUAAAGGCUAGUCAGUUUAUACGUCUUCCAUUCAACGAGACAUCGGAAAAGAAACGACCCAGUAGAGUAACCGAAAAGGGGGACAACUAUUCGGAAUUUAAAUCGAAAAAUGGAAAGUCUGAGGCAGUACGACGGAGAAAUAAACAGAAAAAAUAAAACAUAGUGUAGCUCAA